ACUCCUGCCUUUCCACGCCCCAACCCAAAAACCCUAAUCCCAUCGUCUCUCUUUUCUAAUUCCUCCCACCGCCGUGCUGCGAGACCACCGAAACCAGCAAGAUGGGGCGCGUUCGCACCAAAACCGUGAAGAAAUCAUCCCGCGUGGUCAUCGAACGAUACUACUCCCGCAUGACACUGGACUUCCACACCAACAAGAAGAUCUUGGAAGAGGUGGCCAUUAUCCCAUCCAAGCGCCUCCGCAACAAGAUCGCAGGCUUCUCAACGCACCUGAUGAAGCGGAUCCAGCGUGGCCCAGUCCGCGGCAUCUCACUCAAGCUCCAGGAGGAAGAGCGCGAGCGACGGAUGGAUUUCGUCCCCGACGAAUCGGCCAUCAAAACCGACGUCAUCGAGGUCGACAAGGAGACGAUCGACAUGCUCGCCGCGCUCGGCAUGGCUGAUCUCCCCGGCGUAGUCAAGCAGGCCGAUCCCCUGCCGAUGGCCGGCCCACCUUACUCGAGGCCCAUCGGCGGUGACCGUAGGAGGACUUAGAUGCGCAGAGAGAGUAAUUUCGCUUCUUUUUUUUAUUUUAUUUUUAUUUUUAGUUGAAUUGUGUUUCUUCCAGCAUCGGAUAGUUUUGGAUUCUUGACAUUUUGAUGCUGUGUCUGCGGUUGGAUUUUGAAUUCUAGCAUUUUGAUUCUGUUGGUUUGAUAUUGAAUUGGAAAUUGAGAAAUGUUAUUGUGGCCGUCUA